CCAAGCAGCAACAUACAAACAAAAAUGUGGAAGACGCUGAGUGGUGAUCAGAAAAUCGGUUCCUCAGAUCUGCACUCAUUUACGCAAUCUGCUGGGGUGUCUUUGGACAGUUUAGACUUUGGUGCGAGCAAAGACUUAGUGAAUUAUCACCAGGAUGGAGGUCAGCUUCAAUAUUCACAACCCUCAUACACCAGUGCUUUAAUCCGUACAACAAGUGUUCUUCCUCAGUCCAAAUGUGUUGGUGGGGACUGUUUGGACUUUGGUACGAGCAAAGACUUAGUGAAUUGUCACCAGGAUGGAGGUCAGCUUCAAUAUUCACAACCCUCAUCCACCAAUGCUUUAAUGCGUACAACAAGUGUUCUUCCUCAGUCCAAAUGUGUUGGUGGGGACUGUUUGGACUUUGGUACAGGCAAAGACGUAGUGAAUUGUCACCAGGAUGGAGGCCAGCUUCAAUAUUCACAACCCUCGUCCUACAGUGCUUUCAUCUGUACAACAAGUGUUCUUCCUCAGUCCAAAUGUGUUAGUGGGGACUUAGACAAUGAGUUCUGGUGUCUGCCAGAUCAGCUACAGGAGCCGCAGUUCCUCUCCAGACAGGUAAAGGACUUGACAGCCAGGCUUGGUCUUCCUGUCACAGCCAGCUGGGGGUCUUUGCAGUCAGACACAGCUUCCAUCUUCAACACAUUAACGCUACCUGUGAAGAAUUCGGUCAAAGAGGUAGAAGAAAGCAAUAAGAAUGUGAACGUAGAUGAAAGGAGUGUGACUGAAUCAGUGAGAAGUUCCAGGCCGUGGAUAGAGUCUGAUGGAGGAGGACUGACCCACGGCAGUAUCCAGGAUGUGGAAAACUUGGUAGAGCAACUGUGUGGUCUCACUCUGAGUGACACCCAGAGGACCAUGCUGGUGGAACAGGACCAUAAUCCUUCUUUAAUACAACAGAUCUAUAUCUUCUCCUCGCUCUUAGAGCAGCAUAUCUGCUGGCUCUACAUGCUUUCUGAUAAGAUGGACGUGUUGGCUGCACCCACUGACGACGUGAAGAGGUUACUUGCUGAAUACCAGCAAGAGGUGAGCGUUCAUCAGCCGCUGAUAUCUCGUGUUCUGCACACAGGUGAGCAGCUCCUCAGCUCCAUGGAGGCCACCUGUCCAGCGAUCCAACAAGGACGAUCUGACUCAACGCAGCGAUACAGCCUAGCGGGACCAACGGAACGAUACAUGGCGCUCUUCAGGGAUUCCCCCUACUUUUUCAAAACAUACAAAGUCAACAAAAAAGAAGCACUGAGUCUGUGUAGAGGAAGUAGGCAGAUGAUGGAAAAUAACUGUAGAAUGAGGAAGAAGAUAAUUUUGUGUCUUUUCCUGCACACACAAAUUAAGUAGCUCGAACAAAGAUGGUGUAAAAGUGGCAAACUAUCUUUUCAAAUGUGAUUGCAAAGUUUGCAGUCACAUUUGAAAAGAUCAGAUUCCAAACGGAUUUAGACUACCUCCUGAUGUGGUGCGCAAAUCUCGUGCUAAAAUAUCAGAUUUGAAGCACUAUCGAGUAGCUUAUCUGUCUCACCCGAGGGCAAGAACUCUGAUUUGUGUAAAACGAGCCAGUGUUGCUGAUACCAGCAUUGAUACUUUUACUUGACAUUUUCAAGAUCCUUAUUCAUUUUGUAAUGUUGCCUGAAAUUUGUCGAUUAUGAGGCACACAAAAAUGUUUGUAUGAACAAAAUACUGUCACGGAUAAACAGUAAAUCCAUAUAAAUAUUUGUUACAAUUUCAAAACUUUAUAUACUCCAAUACUCCUUUUUUUGUUGUUGUUAUUGUUUACUUGUGAAAAAGGAAGGUGACAAGCUAAAUAUUUAGCCUUAAGCCUGGUCGUCAAGCUAGCAAUACAACCGCGCUUCCAUCUGUUGUGGCUCCGCCACUAUCUUUUCUAAAGCCACGAGGUCGUUCUGCUCGCUUAUCUUUAAUGUUGCGUUAACAUACUGUAAUUCCCACUGCUUGCCUUACAUUUACAAUAAUUCAUUAACUUGUUGUUACCUUGUUAAAAGUUUUGAUGAUUUUAACAAAGCUGAACAUAGCCACUCAAGGCGCCACCAUCUUGCACCUAUGGGACGGUAUAGCUCGGUUGGUAGAGCGGCCGUGCCAGCAACUUGAGGGUUGCAGGUUCGAUCCCCGCUUCUGCCAUCCUAGUCACUGCCGUUGUGUCCUUGGGCAAGACACUUUACCCACCUGCUCCCAGUGCCACCCACACUGGUUUAAAUGUAACUUAGAUAUUGGGUUUCACAAUGUAAAGCGCUUUGAGUCACUUGAGAAAAAGCGCUAUAUAAAUGUAAUUCACUUCACUUCACUAUGUCACGUUGCAACGUACAAAUAUUCUGUGUUAUUAUGCUGUUCCUUUAAUACCUUAUCAUCACGUAUUCAUACAUUACCGACCUGUGGUGAAUAAAAUGUUUUCUACCAAAAAAAGGCCUAUUAUCAGAGAAAAAGGGCACGAACUGGCAGGAUUUCCUACAAAUAAAAAAAUAAAAUUGUUGACCCAAAAUUAUGAUUUUUUUUGACAAUGCAAUGAUUUCCGGCACUUGUAUAAGCAGAGAAAUUUAACAGGGGGUCAGCAGAGGUAUCGUAGGGGGUUUGUGAUAUUUUUAGUUGAUUGGACUUUUUAUUAAUUAAUUGAUAUAUAUUUUUAUAUUCCCCGUGAUUUUUCCACAAAUGUAAAUGUAUUUAUAUACACAUUAACAUUGAUCCAAUGUGUGUAGUUUAUAAAUGGCAGUGACAUAGCCACCCUAGUCAAUGUACAUUGCAGGUAAAAUGAGUGAAUAAUUAACAAUAUUAUUAUAUUCAAGUCGUCAUUUCAAACAGAUAACGAUGGACCAAAAAUUGCUCCAUAUUCUCUUCUGCUUGCCAGUGUAACCAUAUCUGAGUUAUUGUGCAGAAAUAUGGGGAAAUAACUACAAAAGUACACUUAAUCACUGAGCAUCUUACAAAAAAGAAAGAUCAGUUAGAAUAAUACAUAAUGAAUGAUACUUACAGUGAUUAGAAAUACAUUGGAGGCAGUAACCACGGUUGACAUAUUUUACACACAAUUUCUCCGUGAUUGUUGGUCCAAAGCUAAUGAAGAUUUUGGCAAAAUGAGGGCAAUAAUUUAUUUUUAUGGUCAUUCUGUGUAUUUAAAAAAAAAAUUGCGCCAUGGCCUGUGUGUUUAAUAGCCUGCUGGUCACCAAAAACACUACAGUGAUGUAGCAGCAGAGUGCAUCAAAUAUGUUUGCAAAAUUAUACUUUGAAGAAAUAAAAGCAAGUUUUAUUGUAAGUUUAUGAGCUGGAGUAUGUUUCCAACUAAAUAUAGACAUAUUAUUUAGGUUUUUUUUGUCAGAAACACACAAGUCCUUGGGAGAAGUCAUGGCGCCUGUUGUUUAUAUGGCCACAUCUUCACUCUGCACCUGCUCAGAGUCACAUAUAGCGAGAGUAUGGACAUUCCGGUUUCAAGCGAUCCCCUUGAUUGAUUGGUCAAAAGGCACUCAUGUGACUGCAGGGCGCCAUGUUACAUACCAGUUUGAACCCGCAGCUAAGCGACACUG